AUGAGCGGAGCAUCGUGGGCUGACCAGUGGGACAAUAGCGGCGACUCUGCCAAAGGAGGCCGAACCGGAGGCGGCGCCGUCGUCAGAAGCGGUGGAGGUGGAGCUGCGUCGAACUCCAACACGGCUAAGUACAAGGAGAAACUGGGACAAGGGUUAGACAAGACUAAAACCUUAGCUUCUUCUGGUUUUAUGAAGCUCAAGACUGGCUCUGCCAUCGGUUUCCGUUGGGUCAAGGACAAGUAUCACAAAACCACUAAUAAACACUAA